AUGAACCUGGAUAUCAACGAAUGUACCGCGGGUUCACAUAGCUGCCAUACCCAUGCUGGAUGUACAAAUACAGUUGGAAGCUACACGUGCGCCUGCAACACUGGCUUCAGUGGCGAUGGAAGGACUUGUGCAGAUAUCAACGAGUGUGAUGUGGGUUCACAUAGCUGUCAUACCCAUGCUGGAUGUACAAAUACAGUUGGAAGCUACACAUGCGCCUGUAAUACUGGCUUCAGUGGUAAUGGAAGAACCUGCAUAGAUAUCAAUGAAUGUACCACUGGUUCACAUAGCUGCCAUAACCAUGCUGGAUGUUCCAACACAGUUGGAAGCUACACGUGUUCCUGCUAUGUUGGUUACAGAGGCGAUGGAAGGACUUGCACAGAUAUCAAUGAAUGUGCCGAAGAUACUGACAACUGCCACGCCCAAGCCCAGUGUACCAAUACAGUUGGAAGCUACACGUGCGCCUGUACUACUGGCUUUAGUGGCAAUGGAAGGACCUGCAUAGAUAUCAACGAAUGUACCGCGGGUUCACAUAACUGCCAUACCCAUGCUGGAUGUACCAAUACAUAUGGAAGCUACACAUGCGCCUGUAAUGCUGGCUACAGGGGCGAUGGAAGGAUUUGCACGGAUAUUAAUGAAUGUGCCGAAGAUACUGACAACUGUCACGCCCAAGCCCAGUGUACCAAUACAGUUGGAAGCUACACGUGCGCCUGUAAUGCUGGCUAUAGUGGCGAUGGAAGGACCUGCAUAGAUAUCAACGAAUGUACAGCGGGUUCACAUAGCUGUCAUACCCAAGCUGGAUGUACAAAUACAGUUGGAGGCUACACGUGUGCCUGCAAUACUGGCUACAGUGGCGAUGGAAGGACCUGCUAUGAUAUCAAUGAAUGUUUCCUCGGAACUGUUGACUGCGAUAUUAACGCUCUGUGCACUAAUACUCCUGGAAGCUAUGAGUGUGGCUGUAUUGAAGGUUUCAGAGGCAACGGAAGGACGUGUGAUGAUAUUAAUGAAUGUUCUGAAGGAUCUGAUAAUUGUAAUGAAAGCACUUCGGACUGCAGCAACACAAUUGCAAGCUUCACGUGUGACUGUAAGACCGGCUACGCCAGAGGACCAGGAAGGACCUGCAUAGAUGUCAACGAAUGCGCUGUAGAUAAUGGCAACUGUCACGCCCAAGCCCAGUGUACCAAUACAUUUGGAAGCUACACGUGCGCCUGUAAUGUUGGCUUCAGUGGUGAUGGAAGGACCUGCUAUGAAAUCAAUCCAUGUGACCCAACAACAGUUGCAUGUCAUGUCCAUGCUUCCUGCACGGUCACAAUGGGAAGUUACAUGUGCAUCUGUAAUGUCGGCUACACUGGGGAUGGCAGGACCUGUACAGACAUAAAUGAAUGCUCCCGUGGAACAGAUGACUGUGUCGAUAGUAGAUCUGUCUGCUCUAACACCGAAGGAAGUUUCACUUGUACCUGUAAGCCAGGCUACACUAGGGGACCUGGAAGGACUUGCAUAGAUAUCAACGAAUGUGUACAAAGAUCUGAUGAUUGUGAUGUCACAACAUCAGUCUGCCAUAACACGGAAGGAAGCUUCGCGUGUAACUGUAAGGCUGGCUUCGUUAGAGGAACUGGGAACAUUUGCUUAGAUAUCAAUGAAUGCAGCCUCGGAAUUGAUGCGUGUCACGUCAAGGCUGAGUGUUCUAACACUCGAGGGAGCUACGGAUGCACGUGUGAUGCUGGCUACACUGGCGACGGAAUCAAUUGCGAAGAUAUCAAUGAAUGUGAUGGAGCGAGCCAUGAUUGUGAUGAAGGAACCUCAGUUUGUGCCAACACGGACGGGAGCUAUGAGUGUGGCUGUAAGGAUGGCUACACGAGUGGAACUGCACGGACUUGCAUAGAUAUCAACGAGUGUUUCCUUGGAACUGUUGACUGCCACACAAACUCAGAGUGUAAAAACACACUAGGAAGCUACGAGUGUACAUGCGAUGCUGGCUAUAGAGGCGAUGGAAGGAAUUGCUGGGGUGGCGUGGGUGAGUGUGUCUCUGACUCCGGAUAUCGGAGCGACGGGAGGGCUUGCACAGAUAUCAACGAAUGUUCCGAAGGAAUUGAUGAUUGUGAUGACAGCACCUCAGUCUGCCACAACACAGAUGGCACCUUCACGUGUGACUGUAUGACCGGCUACACUAGAGGAUCGGGAAGAACCUGCAUCGAAAUCAAUCCUUGUCAACCAGCACCAACUGAGUGUCACGUGCACGCUAGCUGCAUCCUCACCUCACCGGAAACAUACACCUGUAGCUGUAAUGUAGGCUACAGUGGGGAUGGAAUCACUUGCAGUGAUAUCAAUGAGUGUGCUCUUGGACUGGAUGACUGUGAUGGCAGCACCUCCGUCUGCUCAAACACAGAAGGAAAUUUCACGUGUAACUGCAAGGCUGGCUACACUAGAGGACUUGGAGGGACGUGUGUAGCAAUUUCCGAACCUGUACGCCUAUCUGCGCCAGUGAUCGUGAAAGGAGGAAAGGAAUCUCCCAAUAGCUUCAAGGUGUCUUUGAAGCCAGCAGAUGAAAGUUUGGCCAAUAUCAGUUGCUAUGAUUUUGUUGUGAAGGAACUGCUAGACGACGAAGAGAUCAGCGACAUGGAUCCUGACAGAGACUACCCUCCGGAAACCAUGGUAACGUACGAAGAGGCUCAAAACACUCCUGGUGAACCUUAUAUCGCAUGGGUUAAAGAAGGGCUCUUCGCCUAA